AUUCCCAAUUGCCGAUGCUCAUAAAAACAUUACCAGGGACCCCCAACGACUCAUCUCAGAGACGACGAACCUUCCUCUCCAUUUUCUGUUGCCAGAUUAAGAAAACAAAAUUAAAUCCUCACGCACCUAUGACGUACCCAUUUCCCUAAAACCCACACCAUUUGCAACUCUCCUCCUUCUCCAAAACCUAAAUUUUGACAUGGAUAUCGUCGACGAUCAUAAACCCGCCAACUUCGCCCUCAAUGGCAAGAUCAUGCUCUGCUCGGUCAUCAUUCUUUUCGUCGUCGUCUUCGUCGUGACUUGCUUCCACAGCUACGUCCGGCUCUGCUUCUACCGCAACCAUCCCCGACGGCACCGUCGCCGGAGACGCCUCUUCUCUCAAAAUAUCGUCUCGCCCACGACGGAAACCACCAGCACCGCACCUCAGAAAGGCUUGGAUCUCUCAGUUCUCAAGACGCUACCUAGUUUUGUUUACUCCACGUUAACUGACGACCCGCUGUUAGAAUGCGCCGUGUGCCUGUCGGAGUUCGAGCACGGAGAACGUGGUCGAGUGCUGCCCAACUGUAAGCACCCGUUUCAUAUAGAGUGCAUAGACACUUGGUUUAAGUCGAACUCCAAUUGUCCGCUUUGUAGAUGUCUGGUUCGGCCGCAUGUUCCGGUUCCGACAUCGGAACCUCGGCACGAGGUUGUGAUUACGGUGAGUGAACCGGCCGGUUCGGGAACGGACGGGGGCGAAGAGAAAAUGAGUUCGCCGCCGGGGAGUUUUUCGGCGGAGGUAUGUGGGAGGAGGCCGUUGGAUCUAGUGGGGAUGUCGAUAGAUGAUAGGGUGAGGAAUUUUGGGUUGCCCAAAAGUCAUGGGGUGAAAUGUUCUGGAGAUCAGAGUGUAUCGUUAAAGAGGAUUUGGAGCAUAUAGAUCAGCAUAAGCUUGUCCGACCUGAUCCAUGGGGAUGUGGGCGGCGUUACUUCUGGUGACCAAACCCGACUAUAGAGAAUGGCGGUUUCUUUUGUUUUGUUUUGUUGUAGUUUUUUUUUUCCCUUAGGACAUGUCUUGGUACCUGUACACAAUCUUUGUUUGUUUGUUUUCUCAUACUGGAUAUAUACAUGACUGAAAAAUCACCUGUGUUACUCAA